AUGGUCGUAAAAUUGGAUCGUUCCGUCGGGUUCACUAUGAAGAGAUGCCUGAGGCACCAAGUGUACAUCGUGUUCCUCGGAGCUCUGUUGUUCUUACACAGCACCAGCGGCGAUGGUAGCCUGGGGCCGGAGAACAACAACGCGGCGGCGCUACCGCUCGAACACAGAUCCGGUGGCGGUUACGAUGUCGGACUGCCACUUCCGUCCGGCGGUCCGCUACAGGGGCCGCAUGACGACACGUGGCCGCUGCAGGCCGUGCCGGACGCCGUCAAGAUCAAACACCUGCAGGUGCAGUGCGAGAAGACGCACAUGCGAGUGAACAUCGAAUUCGACAGGCCGUUCUACGGAGUGAUUUUCUCUAAAGGUUUCUACAGCGAUCCACACUGUGUGCACGUGAAACCCGGCACCGGUCACCUGAGCGCCACUUUCGAGAUACUGUUGAACAGCUGCGGCAUGACGUCGUCAGGCGGUGCUGGAGGCGGCGGUGGAGGCGGGGCUGUGUCCGGUUACGGACAGACGCCCAGCGGCAGCUACGUGGAGAACACCAUCAUCAUCCAGUACGACCCUUACGUGCAGGAGGUGUGGGAUCAGGCACGCAAGUUGAGGUGCACGUGGUACGACUUCUACGAGAAGGCGGUCACGUUCCAGCCGUUCCAGGUGGACAUGCUGCACGCGGUCACCGCUAACUUCCUCGGCGACAACCUGCAGUGCUGGAUGCAGAUCCAAGUGGGCAAGGGACCGUGGGCAUCCGAGGUGUCGGGCAUCGUGAAGAUCGGGCAGACCAUGACCAUGGUUCUGGCCAUCAAGGACGAGGAGAACAAGUUUGACAUGCUGGUACGCAACUGCGUGGCGCACGACGGCAAGCGAACGCCCAUACAGCUGGUCGACCACAACGGUUGCGUCAUCCGGCCGAAGAUCAUGUACAAGUUCCAGAAGAUCAAGAACUUCGGGCCGUCCGCGUCCGUCGUGUCGUUCACGUACUUCCAGGCGUUCAAGUUCCCCGACUCGAUGAACGUGCACUUCCAGUGCGUCAUCCAGGUGUGCAGAUACCACUGCCCCGAGCCCAAGUGCCCCGGCGACUAUGCACUGCCUCAGCACGCGGCCGACGCCACCGGCGGUGACUACGCGUCCCCCGGCCUCAAUUCGGUGCACCCCAACGAGUACGGACCUCCACCACCGCCACAAUUGGCCGACUACCCCGCAUAUCCGGACCCCAGACACCCGUCCGGACCUGCCGGCGCAUACUCCGAACUGAAACCGGAAAUAGUGUUGCCGAACGCUGCGCCGCCGUCGGCCAGCAGUCCGAAACCAUCGCAGGUGGACGCAGCGGCCGCGGCCGGUGAUGACCGCAAUGACGGAAACGACGCCGACGAUGACGGUUUGAACCUUCCACCACCACCGUUACCCGGUCACGGUGCGUCAUACGCCACCGUCAAGCGACAGGGCACCGUCGGCGGUGACGAGCAACAGCAACAACAGCACAUGAAUCUGGUGUCGUUGGGUGGCCGUCCGCGGUCCGUCGACAUGGACGCCGCCGCCAAGCCGCACCGACACCACCGUCGGUCCACCGGCGACCCCGAGCUGGACGUCAACACCAGCCGCAUCAUACAGGUGGUCGCGCCCGGCGACGUCAACUUCGCGUUAAACGUGCCCAACAGUGGCAACGGCACCAACGGCGGCGGCGGUAACGGCGACACGGUCGUCAUGUCCACCCGGUCCGGCCACUCGGCGGACAGCGUGUGCAUCAGCGUCCCGUCGUUCGUCGCCGGUCUGGCCAUGCUCCUGUCCGUGUUAGUGGUCGCAUGUCUGGUUGUCACGUUCCUGUUCUUGAGGGUCCGGUCCAUGAACAACGCGAAGGCCAUGUCGUGCGGUGCACCGCCGUCCGCACAGGGACCGUACAUGCACGGCGCGGCCUUCGAAGCGGCCGAGUUCGUCAAGAUGGCCAGCACGUAG